UGUUCUGGAAAGAGCCAUGCAAUUCUCUCCGGGCUGUUUGGUGUUGGUGUUCUCCCUUUUCCAUAGUGCACCUAGAGCUCCGGCCACUGUGGUUGAGGACUUCAACCAUGUAGAACGAUGCAAGGAUUCCUUAUACAUGGGAACCCCACCACGGGGAAUCAUUGAUGCCAAACUGAAGAAGAUCUGUCAGCGCUAUGCAGACAAGCCACGCUUCGUGACCCUAUACGACCCUCAGAAACGAAUCCCUGUCUACUCAGCCUACUCCUUCAAGAAGACAGAGGGAGACCGGCGCGUGGACUACCCCUGGAUGUAUGAGCCACAGCUGGCAGAGGUUGAUGGCAAUGGAAACAUGCUACCCUUCCCUACCGGCUACCUGCACAUGAAGUUUGAGGACAGCCAAGCAGUGCUGGAUGACUACUCUGACGUAGUACUGUAUGAACGUGGCCACCUGAACCCAGACCAGCACCAGUCUGACCCUCAUGACCGUGCCUCCACUUACACCCUGACCAACGUGGUGCCAGAGAUCAGAGAGUUCAACAUUGGGCCGUGGCGUGAGCACGAGGAGCGUAUCCGUGUCCGCCUCAACAACUACUGCCGUGGCACCGCCUUCAUUGUCACAGGGGUGACCACUACAGGUCACAUGAUUCGCCGGAACAACCAGGACCGCGUGGCCAUCCCUGAGGACGUGUGGACUGCCUACUGCUGCACUGACUACGACCGCAACGCCCCCCACGAUGUCCGCAUCCGCUUCCCCUCCCAGGCUGCCCUGGCCAAGAACGCCAAGGAGGGCAACACGGUCCACGAGAUAACUGUCCAGGACUUGGAGAACUUCCUGAAGACCCGGAUGGACGUGGACCAGAACCUGCAGCUCUUCUAUGACAACUGCAUCUCCCCCUCUCCCCUCCCUCUGUACCUCCACCACACCAUCUAAACGCUCCACAGCAGCUACCAUACACACCUACUCUCUGUGCUCUGUGUAUCUCAAAUGUGCGCUAGUAGUUUUUAUAAUGAUUAAAUAUGAUGUACACUGGCAGUUUGUUAAAAGUUUUAUACUUGUAACAGAACAUUCAUAGCAUUUGGUCAUGCUUUGGAUAUGCUUUUAUUAUCUAAGAUCUGCUUUGCAAAUGAGUUCUGUUGUAGUGUAGGGUAAUUGUCCUUCCAAAUGACUUCUGUUUCGUAGGCUAAUUGUCCUUCCAAAUGAAUUCUGUUGUAGCGUAGGCUAAUUGUCCUUCCAAAUGACUUCUGUUUCGUAGGCUAAUUGUCCUUCCAAAUGAAUUCUGUUGUAGUGUAGGCUAAUUGUCCUUCCAAAUGAAUUCUGUUGUAGUGUAGGGUAAUUGUCCUUCCAAAUGAAUUCUGUUGUAGUGUAGGGUAAUUGUCCUUCCAAAUGAAUUCUGUUGUAGUGUAGGGUAAUUGUCCUUCCAAAUGAAUUCUGUUGUAGUGUAGGGUAAUUGUCCUUCCAAAUGAAUUCUGUUGUAGUGUAGGCUAAUUGUCCUUCCAAAUGAAUUCUGUUGUAGUGUAGGGUAAUUGUCCUUCCAAAUGAAUUCUGUUGUAGUGUAGGCUAAUUGUCCUUCCAAAUGAAUUCUGUUGUAGUGUAGGGUAAUUGUCCUUCCAAAUGAAUUCUGUUGUAGUGUAGGCUAAUUGUCCUUCCAAAUGAAUUCUGUUGUAGUGUAGGGUAAUUGUCCUUCCAAAUGAAUUCUGUUGUAGUGUAGGGUAAUUGUCCCUCUAUUUUCUGUAUUUCUCUUUUUAACUGCAUUUGGCUUUGCCGCUAUCUGUCCCUUUAUAAAACAGCUCAGUGGCAUUCAAAUCCAAUGGUGUAGUGUGUCAACCAUUCAUGGAAAGGUGUUAUCUGUGCAUAGUUGGAAAGUGGUUGUAAAAUGGACCAUACCAUCAAAGGCUGUAAAGAGUGUAUCUUCUUUGAAUAAAACAAAUGAGUUCUCUGA